AAACAUAAACACAAUUUAUUCAGAGAUAUCUGGAUGGAUACUGCAGAAGAAAGGUUGAAAGGGCAAGCUGAAAUAUGGGAGCAUAUGUUCGCAUUCGUGGAUUCAAUGGCAUUGAAAUGUGCAGUUGAGCUUGGCAUACCAGACAUAAUAAACUCUCAUGGUCGUCCGGUCACAAUAUCUGAGAUCGUCGACAGUUUGAAAACAAACACACCAUCAUCAUCUCCCAACAUCGAUUAUCUUACACGUAUAAUGAGACUACUGGUUCACAAGAGGCUAUUUACUUCUGAACUUCAUCAAGAAAGUAACCAACUUCUCUAUAAUUUAACUCGAUCAUCAAAAUGGCUACUAAAAGAUUCCAAGUUUAAUCUGUCACCACUGGUUUUAUGGGAAACUAAUCCGAUAUUACUAAAACCAUGGCAAUAUUUGGGCAAGUGUGCUCAAGAAAAAAGUUCUCCAUUUGAGAGAGCUCAUGGAUGUGAGAUUUGGGAUCUUGCUUUAGCUGAUCCUAAGUUUAAUAAUUUCCUUAACGGUGCAAUGCAAUGUUCGACUACAACAAUAAUCAACGAGAUGCUGCUUGAAUAUAAAGAUGGAUUUAGUGGUAUAGCAGGAUCGCUUGUUGAUGUCGGUGGUGGGACCGGGUCGAUAAUCGCUGAAAUAGUUAAGGCUCAUCCACACAUACAAGGCAUCAAUUUUGAUCUACCACAUGUAGUGGCUACAGCGGCUGAAUUUCCAGGGGUGAAGCAUGUCGGUGGUGAUAUGUUUGUCGAUAUUCCGGAAGCUGAUGCUGUCAUCAUGAAGUGGAUAUUGCACGACUGGAGUGACGAAGACUGUACAAUUAUACUGAAGAAUUGUUACCGAGCAAUAAGAAAGAAGAAAAACGGAAAAGUCAUAAUUGUUGAUUGUGUGUUGCGACCAGAUGGAAAUGACUUAUUCGAUAAAAUGGGAUUGAUAUUUGAUGUGCUGAUGAUGGCACAUACUACAGCUGGAAAAGAAAGAACAGAAGCGGAAUGGAAGAUCUUAUUAAAUAAUGCAGGUUUUCCUCGUUACAAUGUCAUUCGAACUCCGGCAUUUCCUUGCAUCAUCGAGGCCUUUCCAGAAUAAUGAUGCAGGUGCAGCUAUGGUAGCCCAACGAUACUCUCAAGCUAUAUAUAUGAUAUUUCCAAAAGAAUGUGUUCUCUUUGUUGUGCAUGUUUUGUAGAGUGUGGUAACUUUGGAAAGACCAUUUACAAAUAGCUAUGCUAUUUGUUGGCUAGCUAAGGGUCAGGUUCCUACAAAAUAAUUCAGAACUUUAUGUUUUUGAGUGGUAAUAAAACAAUUCUCCUGUGAGAGAGCUGUUACCUUGUCUGUUAUCUGUAUUGCUAUCCUUAGACAUCUGCGGUGGUUGGAAUGUAUUCUGAUUUUGCGUUUUUACGUAUA